AUGGAUGAAUUUUUCAACGAACUCAAACAAUUUGGCACCCAACUUGAAAAAGAUUACCAAGGGCUUAGAUCUGCCAUAGAGAAUCCUCCUCUCUCAGUGCAUUCUGGUCACCAAGAAAAUCUGCUCCGGAAAUUGCUAGCUGAAACAACAUCAAUUAUGCGGGAUACACAUGAAUUAGAGCAAACCCCAAAUAUGAAAUACUCUUUGAUAAAUAUGGUAUUGGCAGUUGGCGAGGCUUGUCAAAAGAUGCACGAUAGUAUUGCUAUCUUGGAGGAAGGGCUGAGGCCGUAUGGCUAUGAAGCAUCUCUUAUUCGAUCAAUCAAUGAAUCCGAGGAUUCCUUGUCGCCGUGCUCAGUUGCUCUUCCAGAAAGCAAUCCGGCAAGUCCGACUGAAUUAGCUGUACUAAGACGGCAAAACAUUACGCUACUUACACCUCCCAAAAACAAAAAAUUCGAUAACUUCAACCUGGAAGAACAAGAUAGCCCAACUUUGGAAAGUUUCGGCAUUUCGAACCGCGCAUUGGCUUUACUCAAUGACGGGACUCCCAUGACGACAGAAAAUAGCAUUCAGUCAUUUGAUACAAAAAGUCUGGCAGAAACACCCACGACAUUCACCCCAUCAAAGAUUGCGACACCACUGACAGCAUUUGAUAAUGAGCCUAAUAUUACCCCACUUACUUCACGACAACCGAGUUUCUUCAGUAAGAAAAACGAAUUAGGAUAUGUACAAAUACCUUUAAUCAAGCCUGAAGAAAUGGAAUCGUUGGGAUAUCUUCGAUCACAGCUUCCAGUUGAGUAUCUCAACCAAGUUGUGGACGAUAUUAACGAACUGAUCAGAGAAUGCCAAGAUUUACCGGAAAAUGAGGACGUGGUAUAUGAUGAGAUAACUUAUGAUGAAUUGGUGCAUGAAGUUGGUGGCGCGAUUGCAAAUACCAAUGCCGUACUACUUGCGUUAAUGCAGCUAAAUAGAAUAGAGGCGAGAUUGAGUGAUCAACGUCAAAGGAGAUAUCGAAUAUUGUAG